CUCUUUACCGGAUUGGAGCUCCAGACCGGGUAGCAAGGGCUUAUACUCUGGGGGGAGGAAAAGGCAGGCUCGAGCGCCACCGCGUGCUACUCCAGGCGUCGAGAUCUGGUCGAGGGUUUGAGGGUUUGAUCCCAGAUCCAGGAUGGAGAAAUCGUGCAGCCUCUUGGUCCAUUUCGACAAGAGCUCCCCCGCGCUUGCGAAUGAGAUCCGGGAGUCUCUGGAGAGCAAUGACACGCCGCGCAAGGUGGAGGCGAUGAAGAAGGCCGUCAUGCUCAUGCUCAAUGGCGAGACCAUCCCGCAGCUCUUCAUCACCAUUGUCCGCUACGUGCUGCCGUCCGAGGAUCACACCAUCCAGAAGCUGCUGCUGCUCUACCUGGAGAUCAUCGACAAGACGGACGCGCAAGGCAAGAUCUUGCCGGAGAUGAUCCUCAUCUGCCAGAACCUGCGCAACAAUCUCCAGCAUCCCAAUGAGUACAUCCGUGGCGUCACGCUCAGGUUCCUCUCCCGCUUGAACGAGGCGGAGCUCAUCGAGCCUCUCGUCCACGCCAUCGUCACCAACUUGGAGCACAGGCACCCCUUCGUUCGGAGGAACGCUAUUCUCGCGGUCAUGGCCAUCUACAAGCUCGCCCAAGGCGACCACUUGCUACCCGACGCUCCCGAGCUCAUCGAGAAGAUACUGGGCAAGGAGCAGGACCUCUCGGCCAAGAGGAACGCCUUCCUCAUGCUCUGCAACUGUGCCCAGGACCGAGCUGUGAGCUUUCUGUUGACUCACGCCGAGAGUGUUCCUGGCUGGGGUGAUCUCCUCCAGAUGGUGGCGCUGGAGCUGAUACGAAAGGUGUGCCGGGCCAACCCGGAUGGCAAGGGGAAGUUCAUGAAGGUGAUCCUGCUGCUGCUCCAGUCACACUCGACCGCCGUCAUGUACGAGUGCUCUGGAACUCUCGUCUCGCUGUCGAGCGCACCCACGGCGAUCAGAGCAGCUGCCAAUUGCUACUGCCAGCUCCUUCUCUCGCAGAGCGACAACAACGUCAAGCUCAUCGUCCUGGACCGGCUCCAGGAGCUCAAGGCGACGCACAGGGAGAUCGUGGUGGAGCUUAUCAUGGAUGUGUUGCGGGCACUUCAGAGUCCCAACCUGGAUAUCCGGAGGAAGACUUUGGACAUCGCACUGGACCUCAUCACCCCGAGGAACAUCGAGGAGGUGGUGAUGACGCUCAAGAAGGAGGUGGUGAAGACGCAGAACAAAGAGCUGGAAAAGAAUGCGGAGUACAGGCAGAUGUUGAUCCAGGCCAUACACUCGUGCGCGGUCAAGUUCCCAGAGGUGGCGAGCACAGUGGUGCACCUUCUCAUGGAUUUUCUGGGGGACACCAACUUGGCAUCAGCUCUGGACGUGGUUUGUUUCGUGAGGGAGAUCAUCGAGACGAACCCGAAGCUGCGGGAGUCUAUAAUCACCAGGCUUCUCGACCUCUUCUACCAGAUUCCCGCCUCUCGGGUCUGCUCCUGCGCUCUGUGGAUCAUUGGCGAGUAUUGCCAGUCGCUGCCUGAGAUCGAGAGUGCCAUCUCAACCAUCAAGGAGUGCCUGGGUGACCUUCCAUUCUUUACGGUGGCCGAGGAUGGCGAAGCAGCCGACCAGUCUUCUGCUUCAAAGGCUCCUGCUCCAACAUCCAAGCAGACGACAUCGGUCGGCUCCAAGCGUCCGGUCGUCCUGGCGGAUGGCACUUACGCGUCUCAGACAGCCGCGGUGGAAAUCGCUCUCGCAGUGCCUGUAUCCUUGGUUGCUGGAACCUCUACAAAUCUUCGGACGCUGCUUCUCACUGGAGAUUUUUUCCUCGGCUCUGUUAUCUGUGGCACGCUCACAAAGCUUGUUCUUCGGCUGGAAGAGUUGCAGACAUCGAAGGUGGCAGUCAACAAGGCAACUGCAGACAUUCUUCUAGUCAUGGUGUCCAUCCUCAGGCUCGGUCAGUCGGCGGUAGUGGCUCAUCCCAUUGACAACGACUCGGUGGACAGGAUCACUCAGUGCAUCCGAGUUCUGACGUCUCCAGACGAGGAAGCCCGUUGCAUCUGGCUCGAGAAAUGCAGGGCAAGCUUUGUGAAGAUGAUCACUGAGAAGCUCCGACGGGACUCGGAGGAGACGAGAGCCAAGGAACAGGUUGCUCGUGCUCAGCCAGACGACCUCAUUGAUUUCUACCACCUGAAGAGCCGAAAGGGCAUGAGCCAACUAGAGCUGGAAGACGAGGUUCAGACAGAUCUGAAGCGAGCUACUGGAGAGUUCACCAAAGACAGCGACGACACCAAGAAGUUGAACCGAGUGCUUCAGCUCACAGGGUUCAGUGAUCCCGUGUAUGCGGAAGCAUACGUGACGGUACACCAGUAUGACAUUGUGCUGGACGUGACGGUGAUCAACCGGACCAAGGAGACGCUCCAGAACCUGUGCCUGGAGCUGGCAACCAUGGGCGACCUGAAGCUGGUGGAGCGGCCGCAAAACUACACGCUGGCUCCCGAUGCAAGCAAGCAAAUCAGAGCAAACAUCAAGGUUUCAUCCACGGAGACGGGAGUGAUAUUCGGGAACAUCGUAUACGAGUCGACCAGCGCUCUGGACCGCAACGUUGUCGUCCUCAACGACAUCCACAUUGACAUCAUGGACUACAUCUCGCCGGCCUCGUGCCCCGACGUUGCCUUUAGGAACAUGUGGGCCGAGUUUGAAUGGGAGAACAAGGUUUCUAUCAGCUCGAGCAUAGAGGACGUGAAGCAGUUCCUGGAUCACAUCGUCACCUCCACAAACAUGAAAUGCUUGACUCCGCCAUCGCAACUGGAUGGAGAUUGUGGGUUUUUGGCAGCCAAUCUCUACGCCAAGAGCGUGUUUGGAGAGGACGCGCUGGUGAAUGUGAGCGUGGAGAAGAUGCCCGACGGCAAGCUGAGUGGCUUCAUCCGGAUCAGGAGCAAGACCCAAGGCAUUGCUCUCAGCUUGGGUGACAAGAUCACGCUCAAGCAGAAAGCCUGAGACUCUCGCGCGCGCGCGCUCUCGCGAAAUAAGUUUUUGUUCUUUGUAAUAUCAAGAGGAUUGACUCA